AAUCCGGCCAUGCGAUGAGAUGGACGUUGCCCACUGGCUGGCAUUAUCUAUCACGGUCAUCUAUGUCUCAUCGCUGCCAAUUUCUUUCCCCCCUCACGUUCAUUGAGGUUUUCGUUGCUUUCGUGCAAUUCUCGCCGAUUGACCUGUCCAUCCUCCGAUAAGGAAAGCAAUCAGUGGAUCACUUGACUACGUACCACCAUUUGAUAGCUACCAACUGCAAUUCGCCCAUACAACACCUGUUCGGAUCUUCCACGACACCCCCGUAUGACCCGACAUAUCGACAUCUUUGCCAGAAGAGGCGACAUUACGUAAAGCCACCAUGGUCGUCGGAUCGCUUCAUACCCAGAGGAUUAUUUCGGUCGUUGCUGCGACCGUGGUCGCACUAGCAAGUGGAACAAAUUAUGCAUAUUCAGCAUGGGCUCCUCAAUUCGCAGAGCGCAUGCACCUGUCCUCGAAGGAGAUCAACCUGCUUGGCGUCGCGGGGAAUAUUGGAUUAUAUUGCUCAGGAAUUCCGACAGGAAUACUGACUGACACAAGGGGUCCUACUAUAACGUUAUUGAUUGGAACUGUAUCACUUUUUCUUGGAUAUUAUCCCAUCUAUCUAGCAUAUGAACAUGGCCAAGGCUAUAUGUCACUUGGCCCAUUGUGUUUUUUUGCAUGGCUUUUUGGCCUUGGAGGUUCCGCUUCCUUUUCCGGAGCCAUCAAAGCAGCGGCCAGUAACUUCCCAGAACAGCGUGGAACGGCUACAGCCUUUCCAAUUGCUGCCUUCGGCCUCAGUGCUUUCUUCUUUUCGACCAUGUCGUCGAUUUUUUUCCAUGGAGAUACGGGUGCUCUUCUCUUCUCGCUGGCACUGGGGACUAGUAUAAUGGUCUUCGUUUUUGGCUUUUUCUUGCGAAUCCUCCCUCCUACCCAAUCAUAUACAUCUGUGCCAGACCGCGAUACCGGGGAAAGACAACAGUUUACUUAUGAGGAGCCUGAAGAAAUAGGUAGGCAGAAUAUAAAUUCCACCUCAUCACCCUCACAAUCAUCAUCAUCAUCAUCAUCAUCACAGCCCCUUCUGCACGCUAGGCAGGAGCCUUCCUCAUCAACUUCUGGUGGCGAAGCAGUACACGACCUCGGUCAUUCAAGAGUUGCGGAUGAGGCUACAUCUUUAGUGUAUAAGCCAGAGACCCCGACAAUUUCCGACGAGCAAAGUGGCUGUCAAAUACCGGCUUAUCAUGGUAACAAUGAAGAUUAUGAAAACGGCUCACACUAUCCAGAUAUUCGUGGGCUUGCACUGCUACGUAAGUCCGAAUUUUGGCAGCAAUUUCUCUUGAUGGGACUGCUGUCGGGUAUUGGACUUAUGACUAUUAAUAAUAUCGGAAAUACCACGAAGGCAUUGUGGCGUUACUACGAUGACAGCGCCGACUCUAAAUUCAUCCAACACCGUCAAGUCAUCCACGUCUCAACGUUGUCUAUCGGCAGCUUUCUCGGUAGACUAUUAAGUGGAGUUGGGUCAGAUCUUCUAGUCACAAAACUCAACAUGUCUCGUUUCUGGUGCAUUUUUCUAUCAUCCGUCGUCUUCACCUUAACCCAACUCGCCGGCACUUCCAUCAACAAUCCAAACCAACUCUACAUAAUAUCCGGUCUUACUGGUAUUGCAUAUGGCUUUUUGUUCGGCGUUUUCCCUUCUCUAGUUGCACAUACAUUCGGUAUUACCGGUCUGAGUCAAAACUGGGGUGUAAUGACACUUGCCCCUGUUCUCAGUGGAAAUGUCUUCAAUCUUCUCUACGGCGCUAUUUACGACCACCACAGCAUCAUUGGACCAGAUGGGCAGAGGGAUUGCAGCGAAGGCCUGCAGUGUUAUCGCACUGCGUACACGUUGACUUUCUUCAGUGGACUAGCUGGCAUAGGGGUUUCGUUGUACUGCAUUUGGCAAGAGAGGCUGAUCCAUGGCAAGGGUAAAGGUUCAAAGAUCGAGGAUCAUGAGCGAAUGGCCUAAAAAAAUUACAUUCAAGUGAAAUGAUGAUUAGAGGACAGGAGCGGGACGGGCAUAUACGUUAUAGAACAUAUAGAAGUUGUGGCGAGGUUUGUCGUUUGCCUUAAGGUUUGAAGGCAUCCGUCAUUUACAUUAGUUGACAUGUAAUCUUUCGGUUGUAAGCUGUGUACAUAUUUGUCUUUAUCAUUGGUAUAUUACAAACAUAAUUGGUGUUAA